AUGGUUUACUUUGGUUUGAGAGGCUCGCGGUUGAGCGUCGUCGUCAGUUUGGUGGCGGCCACCGCUUUCAUGCUACAGGGAUACGACCAAGCUGUAAUGAAUGGUUUGGUAACUCUGCCCACAUUUCUUAGUGUAUUUCCUCAAAUGAAGGAAUCAAAGAUUGAAGGGACUGUUGUUGCGAUUUACGAGAUCGGAUGCGCGAUUGGCGCUCUUUCAUGUGCUUUCAUUGGUGAUGUCCUUGGUCGAAGACGCAUGCUUUUCACCGCUGGCAUCUUCGUCGUUGUUGGUGUUGUUUUACAAGCUACGCCCUUCAGCCUGCCCCAGCUUAUCGUGGCGCGAAUUAUUACCGGUCUUGGUGUUGGUGCGUUUACCGGUACCGCCCCAAUGUACGUAUCAGAGUGUGCGAGCGCCGCCACUCGUGGACGAAUGGUGCUCCUCCAAGGAUUUUUCGCUAUCGGCGGCAUUGUACUGGCCACUUGGAUUGAAUUUGGCCUCUACUUUGUCAAGGAUAGCCAGGUCAACUUCCGAUUCCCCAUCGCCUUCCAAGCAUUCUUUGCCCUCAUCGUCGUCUGUUUGAUCAUGUUCCUACCAGAGUCGCCCAGAUGGCUCGUCAAACGUGACCGCCCAGAGGAAGCCCGCCAGGUUCUCAGCGCUUUGGAAGACAUGCCACAAGAUUCUGAGGUUAUCAACGCCGAGCUAGACGUUAUUUGCGACACAUACCAAGAGGAGAAGCAAAACUCAAACUCUUUGUUCACGAUGGGUCCCGAGCGACUUUUCCACCGUGCAUGUCUCGCUGUCUUUGUCGCUCUCCUUGCUCAAAUGACAGGUGUUAAUAUUGUCACCUUCUACUCUACUCAGAUCUUUGAGGACCAUCUCGGUUACAGUGCCAUUGAGGCCCGCAUCUUCUCGGGCUGUAUCCAGAUCUGGCAAUUCCUCUGCGCUGGACUCGCUGUCAUCUUGAUUGAUAAGAUUGGGCGGCGCAAGCUUUUGAUGGCCGGUGCAGCAGGUAUGUGUGUCGCACAGACUGCGUUGGCCGGCCUCAUGUCCGACCUCACGAAUAAAGCGGCGGGCGAGGCUGCUGUUUUCUUCUACUUCGUGGCCAUGUUCUUUUUCCCCGUGGGUCUUUUCCUGCUGCCCUUCAUGUAUGCCGGAGAAAUUGCCCCUUUGUCCAUCCGUCACAAGGUCGCUGCUCUGGGCGCCUGCACGAACUGGUUGUUCAACUUCCUCAUUGCUGAAGCUUCCCCAACCGCCAUCGCCAAUAUCGGCUACAGGUACUACAUUCUUUAUGCCUGCAUCAGCUUUGUGGCAUUCGUGGCAUUUUACACCUUCUACCCUGAGACUAAGGGCCGCACUCUCGAGGAGAUUGAUGAGAUCUUUAUUCGCUCGAAAUCGAUCUUUGAUCCGGUCAGGGUGGAGAAGGCACUCCCACGCAAUGGGUUCGCGGGCGCAGAACGCCGUCUGGAAGAGCGGGUCUUGGAGAAGCAGACUGCUACUCAUGUCGAGAUGGCUUGA